ACCUCCCUCUUACUCCUCUUCCUCCUGGGGCUUACCCACCUCUCUCAGGCUGGCUCAGACCAUGCAGCACCCAGCAGCCCGCCCAGCAACUGCUCUGAUGGAGACCCCUGCUCUGAGGGCGUGGUCCUGCCCAUGUGGAACCCUCAGAACCCGUCGGUGGGUGACAAGGUGGCACGGGCCAUCGUCUACUUCGUGGCCCUCAUCUACAUGUUCCUGGGAAUGUCCAUUAUCGCCGACCGCUUCAUGUCUUCUAUUGAGGUCAUCACCUCUCAGGAGAAAGAGAUCACCAUCAAGAAGCCCAACGGAGAGACCACGACAGCCACUGUACGCAUCUGGAACGAGACCGUAUCCAACCUGACCCUGAUGGCCCUAGGCUCGUCUGCCCCAGAGAUCCUGCUGUCUGUCAUCGAGGUGUGUGGCCACUCGUUUGAGGCAGGCUCCCUGGGCCCCAGCACCAUCGUGGGCAGCGCAGCAUUCAACAUGUUCGUCAUCAUCGCCCUCUGCGUGCACGUGGUGCCAGAGAACGAGACACGCAGGAUCAAGCACCUGAGGGUAUUCUUUGUCACGGCAACCUGGAGCAUCUUCGCCUACAUCUGGCUCUACCUGAUCCUGGCUGUCAUCUCCCCGGGGGAGGUGGAGGUGUGGGAGGCCGUGCUCACAUUCAUGUUCUUCCCCAUCUGUGUGGUUCAGGCCUGGGUCGCGGACCGACGCCUGCUCUUCUACAAGUACAUCCACAAGCGUUACCGUGUCGACAAGGCCCGCGGCAUCAUCAUCGAGACAGAGGGGGACAGCAUGUUCACCAAGAUGGAUGUGGAGAUGGACGGCCAGGGGGGCAACUCCCACCCCCACCCCAAGGAUGUGCUGGACAGCAUGCUGGAGGGGGUGGAGGAGGGUGGAGGACUGAACUCAGAAGAGGAUGAGGCUCGGAGGGACAUGGCCCGCACCCUGAAGGAGCUGAAACAGAGGCACCCAGAGAAGGACACAGAGCAGCUGAUUGAGAUGGCCAACUACCAGGUUCUGGUCCAGCAGCAGAAGAGCAGGGCCUUCUACCGCAUCCAGGCCACACGCAUGAUGAUCGGUGCUGGGAACAUCCUGAAGAAGCAUGCUGCCGACCAGGCCAGGAAGGUGGUGAGCUGCCAUGAGGCCAGCGGACAGGAGGAGGACCCCCACACCAUCUACCUGCAGUUUGAACCCUCCCACUACCAGUGCUUUGAGAACUGUAGCUCGCUCAAGCUGUCUGUUGGGCGCCAUGGUGGUGAAAGCGGCUGCACAGUCAAGGUGGACUACCGGACAGAGGAUGGAACGGCCAACGCCGGCUCAGACUAUGAAUUUGCUGAGGGCACGCUGGUCUUCAAACCUGGUGAGACACUGAAGGAGCUGACAGUGGGGGUUAUUGAUGACGACAUCUUUGAAGAGGACGAGCACUUCUACGUGCACCUCAGCAACCCUCGCAUCGUCCACCGUGCCGAGGUGGCCAUCCUGGAGCCCAGCACCAUCACCACCACCAGCAGUAUGAGGAACCUCUCCCCCCACGUAUCCCCCAAGGCCGCCCUGGGCAACGCCCACACUGCCACGGUAACCAUCUAUGACGACGACCACGCAGGCAUCUUCACGUUUGAAGUAGAGUCUAUGAGGGUGAGCGAGAGCGUGGGCACCAUGCAGGUAAAGGUGCACCGGAUGUCCGGGGCCAGGGGUAAAGUGGCCAUCCCCUACCACACCCUGGAGGGCACCGCCAAGGCUGGGGAGGACUACGAGGAGGUGGCUGGGAAACUGGAGUUCCAGAACGACGAGACCAUGAAGCUGUUGGAGGUGAAGGUCAUUGACGAUGAGGAGUAUGAGAAGAACAAGACCUUCAUCAUCCAGCUGGGGGAGCCUGUGCUGCUGGAGAUUGGACGGAAACACGGAGACUCCAAUGACAACAAGCCAGCAGGAACUGAUGAGGAGGAGGUGUCCAAGAUGGGCUGUCCCAGCCUAGGAGAACACACCAAGCUGGAGGUGGUGAUCGAGGAGUCCUACGAGUUCAAGAACACAGUGGAUAAGCUGAUCAAGAAGACUAACCUUGCUCUGGUGGUGGGCAGCAGUAGCUGGAGAGAGCAGUUUGUCAAUGCUGUCACUGUCAGUGCAGGUGACGAUGAUGAGGAGGAGAGUGGGGAGGAGCGCCUGCCGUCCUGUUUCGACUACAUCAUGCACUUCCUCACAGUGUUCUGGAAGGUUCUGUUCGCCUUUGUCCCGCCCACAGAGUACUGGAACGGCUGGGCCUGCUUCUUUGUGUCCAUCUCCCUGAUUGGUGUUCUGACGGCUGUGACCGGGGACCUGGCCUCUCAUUUUGGCUGCACAGUGGGGCUCAAGGACUCUGUCACUGCCGUAGUAUUUGUGGCCCUGGGUACUUCCGUUCCAGACACCUUUGCCAGUAAAGUGGCGGCCAUCCAAGACCAGUACGCUGACGCCUCCAUCGGCAAUGUGACAGGCAGUAAUGCAGUGAAUGUGUUCCUGGGCAUCGGUGUGGCGUGGACCAUCGCGGCCGUCUACUGGAAGACCAAGGGCAAGAAGUUCCUUGUGCAGCCAGGCUCGCUGGCCUUCUCCGUCACCCUGUUCACAAUCAUGGCGUUCGUGUGCGUCCUGGUGCUGAUGUACCGCCGCCGGGCCGGGGUGGCAGGGGGCGAACUGGGGGGCCCGCGGACCGCGAAACUCCUCACCUCCCUCUUCUUCUUCUCCCUCUGGCUCCUCUACAUCAUGCUGGCCUCCCUGGAGGCAUACUGCCAAGUGCCAGGCUUCUGA